AUGGAUGUUGAUAAUCAAAACUGUGAAGAUACACAUGUCUCAGAUUAUCCUUAUUCAGUUUCGAUCCAGAAAAAAGGCGCCCAUUAUGCCUCUGGUGCUCUAAUACAUAACAAAUGGAUAUUAUCUGUUGCUGGAGAAUUCUAUCAUAUAAGAGAAUCAAUCAAACUAUUUAGGGCACGACUGGGAUCACUCAACUGCAAGAAAGGUGGUGUUCUAGUGCCAUUAAAAAGAAUAGAAGUUCAUCCAUCAUAUAUCUACAAUCAACCUGGGUUUGAUCUAGCUCUGCUCAGAAUCGGUCACGGGGUAAAGUGUUCCAACAAUAUCAGACCAAUCAGCUUAUCGGAUGUCAGAAGCUCGGUCAUCAAUGCAAAAUUUUUGGCAACAUAUUGGCCAAGACUGAUGGUUAGAGGCAAGGUUCUACCACAAUCAGCAAAAGAGCGUAUAAAGCAGAACAGAAUGAGAGUGUCGACGCAGAAAACUUUACCUUGGAAAACGUGCAGUAAUAUUGUGCAAGCUAGUAACUAUACGUUACAUGUGUCAAGCCUAUGUUUGAAGCCUAUCACAUCUCAUCACAGCUCGUGCAUGCCCGAUGUUGGCGCGCCUAUAAUUGGAGACGACGGUCUUUGGGGCAUCACCUCGGGAUGGAUAACAGAUGACUGUUCCAAUUAUAAUAGUCCUACUAUUUUUACUAGAAUCUCCAUAGAACCGAUUACAACCUGGUUAAACACAUUGCUAGAUGAAGAUAAAUGA